GGACUACCUAACAUAAUGUUUAGGUUUAUAGAUUGUAACUGGAUGGAAUGGCGUACGGUAGAAAUACGGGACGAGAAUGGUGAAGGUUUUGACACAGUACAAUGUGAAGAUAUGGUGUUUCCCAAACAAUUCUUACGCAUGCAACCGGAAGUCAGGAUGAAAGCUAUAAAGGAGAUGAAGUACCGAGAUGGUGAUGUUCUCUUAUGUAGCUACCCGAAGACUGGAACACACUGGGUAUUCAAUAUUAUGCACUUUCUGAUGAUUCCUGGUCCCGUGGAAGAAAUGUUGAUGGCAAGUCCAAAACUUCUAGACCUCCAUCCUCUAGAAGAAAUUGAGAACUUGUCAAGCCCACGUGUUAUCAUCACACACCUCAAACCGGACAGACUUCCGGUAGAACAUUUGCAAACACGCGGGAAAAUCAUAUUGGUUGCACGCAACCCACGUGACACUAUGGUUUCGCAUAUGUACCAUACACAAAGGCAUGACGUGUUUAACUACAGUAAACUGCCCUGGAAUUGUUUUUUUCCGACAGGGUCAUAUUUUGAUUAUUACAAUUGUUGGCAGAAGGCAUUAGAGGAACAAAAUAAAAAUUUGAAUGUACAAUCGCCUUUGUACGAAAAUUUGAUCAAAGGUAAUGGGCAUUGGAGAAACAGAUUUACAUUUGCUCAAGACGAAGUGUUUGAUAAAGUGCUAGAGGAAAAAUUCAAAAACAGUAUAUUCAACACAUCUGUCUGAUCUGAUGAAAACUAUAACAUGUGUAUUUGAGACCUCUGAACAAAAUAACAGUAGAAUGUGUGGAUAUAUAAACCAUAUCUUAACAAUGAUAGAAUAUCUUAUAAGUUCUAAAUAACUUCAAAAAAAUGAGGAUUUUCUUAGGAUAUCGAAGUACAUAUAUAUGUUGAAACGACCACCUAGUGUUCUCAAAACAGCAUUUGUGAAAUCAAAUUACUUUCUUAACAUAUGAAAAAUUAAUCCAAAAUGGUUUUUGAAAACAGUGUGUAUUAUUUAGAUAUAAAUUUUAUAUUAACUCUUUAGUGGACACCAGAUCAUUUAGAAAACGAAACUAUUAGUUUACCGGAAUAAAACACAAAGGUGUCAUACUUUUCGUGGACUGAGCGCGAAACUAUUGUAACUGUAUAUGAAUAAAGAACAAGAUACAAUUGUUUCGCGCUCAGUCCUCGAUGUGUAAUUUAGAAGUCUUAAUGCCUUAUUUUUCAAUAUGUUGUUUAAUGUUCAGAAUUACUAUAUGUUACACAAAAGAGUCAGUUAGAAAUUAUAGAUUUGAACUGUGAA